GAUAGAUUUCGCUUCGUUGUCGUGUAAUAAAUUUCUAGUGAUUUGUGAUAAAAUCAUCAUAAAUGGAUUGAAUUAAGUGACAUUGUUAUACGCUGUAUGAGUGCAUUGGAUGGUUCAAUAUCUGUUUCUGAAGACCGGUGAUUGCAUUCCGACCGCUCCCAGUGCGUAGAGUACGUACGUCAGUCGCUAAGUAUUUUUCAUGCUGUUUGUACUACUUGCGUAUAGUAGGGGCCGUGUGAUAGUAAAAGCUGUUGGAAAGUGCAUUCAUACGGGAAACUGUUGCUGUAAAAACUAAUCUCACGUUCCGUUUAAUUUAGAGCGCAAAGUGUGGAGUGACAGAGUCGGUGCAAUUCGAUGUUUGUGGCCAUUUUUGGUUGUUUCUAAUCAGUGGUAUUUACGUGCAAAGUAUCGUAUAAUUCGUGUUCUACGUGUCGUGUACAAAUAAGCCACAGUGUAGUUAAUCAACGGGCAUAAUGACUUUACCUAUUUAAUAUUAACCCAUUUAGCUAUUAAGCUAUAACAUAGAGUCAGUUUAGACAUGAUAACAAGGCCACGGCAGAUAUGGACGGCGUGAAGAAAAUUCACUCGGGAACUCUGUAUCGCAACGGGCCGGUAGAGGGCGCGUAUGGUCCGCAGCACAGCCCCGUGUCGCGGUCGGACGCUUCCACCGAGGACGCGGAGCUUUCGGCUGCGCUCGCGCAUCAGCACCAUCUCGCUAUGCAGGCGGGCGAAUACCCCGUCGGCAGCGGCGUUGAACCCGACUACGGCCAGUACGUUUCCUCGCCCGCCUCCCACUACAACCAUAUGGGGCACCUUACCAUGGCGCCGUCGCAGAAAUACCCUCAUGUGAUGGAAGCAGUCUCGGUGGGGAGCGGAUAUGCGGGAGGAGUAGGCGCGGGCACGGGCGGCGGACAUUACGGCACGUACGCGCAUUACGGCGCCGCUUACCCCGCACAACCUGCGUACCUCGUCGAACCACAGGUGCCGGCUUAUAUGGCGCAGGAGUAUGUAGAGGGCGGAGGUAGUGCGUCCCCCAGAAGCGCGUCUCCAGGAGCCAUGCCACCUCAACACAAUUUACAUCUGCAACAGAGGUACGACUCGGCAUCUUUAGAGCAACUGGGACGGCACUAUUGCGUGACGUCACCGCGCGGAGAAUAUGCAGGCGAUGCGUACGCAUAUCAACAUUAUCCCACUGCGUACGAACCACAACACCAAGCGCCACCAUUCAAGGAUUCACAAAAUGGUCUAAGCUUAGGAAGCACAGGCGGGCAGUCAAUGUACGGUGACGAAGAGGAACUUCAGAAACAAAUGGCUAACAUGGCGCUGGUCCACGGCGGAGUGGGCGUCGGCGGUCGCGAAGACGGCGGCGGUCUACAGUGGAGGGAUCCCAACCUACCCGAAGUGAUCGGCUUCCUUAACUCACCCUCUGACGUCGUGAAGGCCAACGCAGCGGCAUACUUGCAGCAUCUCACGUACAUGGACGACCCUAACAAGCAGAAGACGAGGAGCUUAGGCGGUAUCCCUCCCCUGGUGCGGCUGAUAUCGCACGAGAACCCUGAAGUUUGCCGCAACGCGUGCGGCGCGCUCCGAAACCUGUCGUACGGGCGGCAGAACGAUGAGAACAAGCGCGCCAUACGAGACGCGGGCGGCAUCCCCUCACUGAUGGCGCUACUGUGUCGAACAACCGACAUGGAGGUAAAAGAACUGGUAACGGGAGUAAUAUGGAACAUGUCCUCAUGCGAGGACCUGAAGCAGUCAAUAAUAGACGACGCGGCGCAAGUCAUUGUCAACAAAGUCAUCAUUCCGCAUUCCGGCUGGCACCCCACUAACCCUGGCGAUACGUACUGGUCCACAGUUUUCCGCAACGCAUCGGGCGUGCUUCGCAAUGCAUCAUCCGCUGGCGAGUACGCGCGUCGUCGGCUAAGAUCACUAGCUGGUCUCGCCGAAGCUUUACUCCACGCCGUACGCGCAGCAUUGAGUGCCAACGCCAUCGGCACAAAGAUUGUUGAGAACUGCGUUUGCGUGCUACGGAAUCUGUCAUAUAGAUGUCAAGAAAUAGAAGAUCCACUAUACGACACCAGAGCGCCCCCUACGCAAUCUUCAGGACAAUCCAGGAUACAAGCCAGCGCGUCGAAAGGUGAAAAUCUGGGCUGCUUUGGUGGCAGUAAAAAGAAGAAAGAGGGUUCCUCAUCCUCGAAUUCAACAAGUCCACUGGGCAAGAGCGAUCCCGAACCUCAGCAAUUAGACAAUAACACUAACACGCAGCUGGGAUACAGUGUGCCCAAAGGCACUGAAAUGUUGUGGUCACCCGAGGUAGUGCCACUAUACAUGGCGUUACUGCAGACGUGUUCAAACCCGGAGACCUUGGAAGCGGCGGCUGGCGCGCUACAGAACCUAGCCGCAUGCUACUGGCAACCAUCCAUAGACAUACGAGCUGCCGUCAGGAAAGAGAAAGGUCUACCAAUCUUGGUUGAGCUGCUGCGAAUGGAGGUCGACAGGGUAGUUUGCGCCGUGGCCACUGCUCUCAGGAAUCUGGCCAUCGACCAGCGUAACAAGGAGCUGAUAGGCAAAUACGCUAUGCGGGACCUGGUGCAGAAACUGCCCAGUGGAAACCAACAGCAUGACCAGGGCACAUCGGACGACACGAUAGCGGCAGUAUUAGCAACACUUAACGAAGUCAUCAAAAAGAGCGCUGAGUUUUCGCGCUCGCUACUCGAAGCGGGCGGAGUGGAGAGAUUGCUUAAUCUCACCAAGCAACGUCACCGCCACACCCCCAGAGUGCUGAAGUUUGCAGGUCAAGUGCUAAUGACGAUGUGGUCGCACGCGGAGUUGCGUGAGGUAUACCGUAAGCAUGGCUGGCGCGAGGCAGAUUUCCUCACCCCCGCACGAGCCGCCCAACCUCGGGCCUCCUCUAACACCAGCGGUCAAGGGACACCCAUGUCGGGAGGAGCUCCGCAUUCACCGUCGGCAGCCAACAGUACACUGAGUCGCCCCAUGGCCUCUACGGGUGGCACUCGCUAUGAAGAUCGCACCAUACGACGCCAUCGCGAGAACGAUGAUAUGCCAGCGAUGGACGUAAACUACGCUGAUGGCCUUGGCAUGGGCAACCCCAACGGACGGCCUAUGAAUCUUCAGGGUGUUCAAGCACAGAUGCCGCCACCAAGCAGCCGCUAAAGCCAAUAAUCCGUUUAAACCAAGCCUAAGAUCUGAACUCUAAUGGCGGUAACAUUUUUAAAUUACAAAAAUUGAUCCAACGCGACGGAACGCGUGUAGAUUCAAAUCAAACUGGUGCGUUUCAUUAAACCAGAAUUUCAAAUUCAGAAAUUUCUACAGACACUUAAUGCCACGUGGUAUAAGAUUUUCUGUGGUAUUUUCACCGAUUGAAAAAACCUUUUUGAUUUGAAUUCACUCAAAUCGCGUUGCGUUGUUUGCAUUAUCAUAGCAAGUAAGAGUCCUGAGUGAGUGAGUGAGUAAGUUCUGUGGGACAGUCAGUCUCAACCAUUAAUAUAAUUUUUCAGGUAAACAAAAAAAACCAAUGGCUUCAGCGUAAAUCUAUCUUUCCCUAAUGCUGCAUACUGAUAGUUCAAAUUCGAUAGUCUAUCUAUAGUAAAGUCAAAACAAAUAGUAUCCACAGUGUCUACUAUCGAUUGUAUUGCCUAGUGUCGACUAUCGAUACUAUCAUUUAAAAUGUUAUUGCUCGAAAAGCGUUAUCGAUAUUAUCGAUACCCAGAAUAGUUUUCAAGGUCAUCUAUAGUCAAACUAUCGAUAGUUUUGUAAUACUGGUUGACACGUUUGCUAACUUAAAAACUUACAGUACGGGUUUUGAAGCUACAUACUUCAUAAGACAGGUCUCCCAAGUUUCAUGUAAACAAAGGCUCCGCACACCCUUCAAUAUUAUGGACAAUUUUCUAUAUUGGUUAAACGUGUUGUCAAUAAUAUUGUAAUAUAUGACAUUCUAGCAAAUCUGUCAUAUUGUGUGAAAACGUACAUUUGUUGUCUUGAAAACUUAAAACGGGCUACUGAGUACUUUAUGUACUAUAUCUACACUCAACAGAGGGUCUGGACAAGAAAAGCUUAUUUUUUCUAUAAACGCUAAUUGAAUAUCUUGAAAAUUUGGUAUUUCCGUAUAAUAAAUCGAUUAAAUCACCGGAAUGAGCCCGCAGGCUUUGACAGUUGAAAGUGUACACCUUAUAGCUAACUUCAAGGUGUCGGUUUUUUGUGACGGAGUGCGCGCGUAUCGUACAAAUUUAUGCUCAUCAUUUUUUCCCAAACGCACCAAAAGAAGAUAACUUCAAAAAUAAUUUGAAAGCGUCUUAUCUUAUAGCACGUAAAUUGGUAAAUUGUAGUUGAUUAUCGGUUUUACACUGCUUACAAUCAAUACAAAUUAAAUCUAUUUCCGUUAGCGUUUGAAAGAAAUAUGCUGUUUCCGAACCUUGUCUAGGCCCGCAGGACUGACUUAGGAAAUAAAACCGGUAUUUUUUACAGUUCGUGUCUAUGGACCAAGCGUUUCGAUUUUUUUUUAUUGUCUAUGAACAAUCUUUAUUUUCAUUUUAGGGUACCCAAAUAAACAUGUAUUGUGAUUUGUCCGUGAUAUUACGAGAAUAACAAGGUUUUGAUUUAGCUUUUUUAUUGCGUUUAUUUUUUUGGGGAAUUUAUGAAUGAAUAUUUGCUGUAGUAAGUUUGGGCUUUUUUUUUGAUAUUAUUCUAUUUUCUAAUUCGGGUUGGUCUGAAUUCAUAGAUGUUUAAACGUAUUUGGACAGUGUAUGGCAUUUUGUACUUUAUUAUAAAGCAGUAAAGGUCGAAAGUUACGAAAGUUCUUCUAUAUAGCUCUAGAUGUGAAGUAUCCAUAAACAAUAUUAAAUGUAAGGUUUACAAAAAUCAUUAAAAUUAUUAAGUCAUUAUUUUGAUUCAUUUACGUACUGAGGUUUUUUAAAUCACGGUUCUUUCGCAUUUUCUACUUCUUAAUUGAGUUUAGACUAAGUGAGAUGUUUUAUGACUAUAAAUAACAGUAAUAUUUAUGUACAAGAAAUCAAAAGUCGAUUUCGGUUGCUAAAGUUUUGCUAAUAUAUUCAAGUUAUGGAUUUGGUUAUUUUCAAGCUAAUGUAAUCAAUAUUUAUUGCGAUCAAUUUAAUUUAAUUUAUUUAUUUUUAGUGCUAACCUAAAAUUCAUAUAAAGGCGAAUAACGUAUCAAUAAUAAGCUAACGGUGACAGUUAUGCUGUUCUUUGUCAAUUAAGCUAAUCAUAUUCAAAAUAAUAAAUCUGAAGAAUUAUUAACGUAACAUUUCGUAGGACCAAAUAGAUAAAAGCGCAGUAAGAAGCGGUGAUAGCCCAGUGGGUGGGACUUCGAAUUCCCUUCCGUGGGGCCGAGUACGAAUCCCAGCACCUCUAACUUU